UCUUAUUCAACAACAAAAUUCUGAGGACUCUGAUUUAUUCCGACGACAGACACUCUCGGAAGAAGCUAACUGGGGUUCUUUUUCCGGUGAACUGUCUUUGAUAUUGAUACCUGAGCUCCUACAUAUUGGACUGGUGCAGCCGAGUUAACCAUUGUUGAUUCAUAAUGGCUCCCUUGGUCUUGGGGACCUCACUUGGGGGGUUCUCAUGGGUUUGUAAAGGAGAGAUUGAUUUGAGUUCUUACUGCAUUCAAAGAACAAUCAUAGAUGGUGUAAAUCUGUUCUUCCUCUGUGCUUUCUACCUAUUUUUGCUCAUAGGUUUUAUAGGAGAGUAUUAUACUCGAAGAAGCACUAGAAGAGAUUGGGUCUCCAUAGUAGUUUCAAUCUGUUGUGCUCUUCUUAGCAUUGCUUAUAUUAGCUUCGGUUUAUGGAAUCUAAUCGCCAAAAAUGAUGAUUUCAAUCAUAUGAGCUGGUUGGUCUACCUUGUUAGGGGACUGGUUUGGAUCUCUUUCACAGUCUCAUUGCUUGUUCAAUGGUCUAAAUGGAUCAAAGCUCUGAACUUUGUUUGGUGGGUGUUGUCCUUUACAUUGGUUUCAGCUCUGAAUAUCCAAGUUCUACUACGAACGCAUAGCAUUGAAAUUUUGGACGUGGUGCCUUGGCCUAUCAACUUUUUACUUUUCAUUUGUGCUUUUAGGAAUCUCAGUCACUUCGCUUCUCAAGAUAAUCUAGAUGACAAUCUAUCUGAACCUCUAUUAGCCAAAACGACUGGAAAAGACCAAAGAGGAUUAGGCCAAGCCAGUUUUCCUAGCAAAUUGUCAUUUUCUUGGAUUAAUCCUUUACUUAUCUUGGGAUACUCAAAGCCAUUAGCUCUUGAAGAUAUCCCCUCUCUAGUUUCCGAAGAUGAAGCCAACUUUGCCUACCAAAAAUUUUCUCAUGCAUGGGAUUCUCUUUCAAGGGAGAUGGGCUUGAACAAGAGACGAAACUUGGUUAUUUGGGCUAUUGCAAAAGUCUACUUCAAGGAGAAUAUAUUCAUAGCCAUUUGUGCAUUUCUUAGAACAAUUGCUGUAGUUGUUGCUCCUCUAUUACUCUACGCUUUCGUAAAUUAUUCGAAUGGCAAUGAGAAAAAUCUGGAUGAAGGUCUCUCUAUUGUGGGGUGUCUGAUUGUUGUCAAGGUGGUCGAGUCUUUGUCUCAGCGGCACUGGUUCUUCGAUUCAAGGAGGUCAGGAAUGAGGAUGAGAUCAGCCUUAAUGGUGGCAGUCUACCAAAAACAGUUAAAGCUUUCAAGUUUGGGAAGGAGAAGGCACUCAACUGGGGAGAUAGUGAAUUAUAUUGCAGUUGAUGCCUAUCGAAUGGGUGAAUUUCCAUGGUGGUUCCAUUCGACAUGGAGCUUCACAUUGCAGCUUUUCCUAGCCAUUGGUGUUCUUUUCGGGGUUGUAGGUUUUGGUGCUCUUCCUGGUUUAGUUCCUCUUCUCAUUUGUGGAGUCCUUAAUGUGCCUUUUGCACAAAUGCUGCAGAAGUGUCAGUCUCAGUUGAUGAUUGCCCAAGAUGUGCGGCUGAGAUCCACUUCUGAGGUCCUAAACAAUAUGAAGAUCAUAAAGUUGCAAUCAUGGGAAGAGAAAUUCAAGAGUUUGAUCGAAUCCCUCCGCGACAACGAAUUCAAAUGGUUGGCUGAAUCACAGUAUAAAAAGACUUUUGGCACCCUAUUGUAUUGGAUGUCUCCAACCAUUGUCUCUUCAGUAGUCUUCAUGGGAUGUGCCAUUUUUCACAGUGCCCCACUAAAUGCUAGCACUAUCUUCACAGUUCUUGCAACAUUGAGGAGCAUGGGGGAGCCUGUCAGAAUGAUACCCGAGGCUCUUUCUUCUUUGAUCCAAGUGAAAGUAUCCUUGGAUCGUCUCAAUGCUUUUCUGCUUGAUGAUGAGCUAAAAAAUGAUGAAAUGAGGAGAAUUCCCUUUCAGAAGUCGGAUAAGAGUGUAAAUAUACAAGCAGGCAACUUCAGUUGGGAUCCGGAAACAAUAAUUCCAACUCUAAAAGAAGUGAACUUAGAAAUAAGAUGGGGGCAGAAAGUUGCUAUUUGUGGGCCAGUUGGGGCUGGGAAAUCCUCAUUACUUUAUGCUGUACUAGGGGAGAUACCCAAAAUUUCAGGAACGGUUAAUGUAUUUGGAUCCAUCGCCUAUGUUUCUCAAACUGCUUGGAUCCAAAGUGGGACAAUUCGUGAUAACAUACUAUAUGGAAAGCCUAUGGACAAGACCAGAUAUGAGAAGGCCAUAAGAGUGUGUGCUUUAGACAAGGACAUCAAUACUUUCAACAAUGGUGAUCUCACAGAAAUAGGCCAAAGAGGGCUUAACAUGAGUGGAGGACAGAAACAGAGGAUUCAACUAGCUCGAGCUGUAUAUAGUGAUGCUGAUAUCUAUCUCCUCGAUGACCCAUUUAGUGCAGUAGAUGCGCAUACAGCUGCAUUUUUAUUUAAUGAUUGCGUCAUGGCUGCCCUUGGAAAGAAAACUAUCAUUUUAGUGACUCAUCAAGUGGAGUUUCUCUCAGAAGUUGAUAAAAUUCUGGUUAUGAGGGAUGGAAAAAUUACUCAGUCAGGAAGCUAUGAGGAGCUCUUGACAGCUGGGACAGCAUUUGAACAACUUGUGAAUGCCCAUAGAGAUGCAAUGACAGUAUUGAAUCCUUCAGGGGAUACAAGUCAAAGAGAAUUUGGAAAGUUAGAUACGGUUCAGCCAGAGGGGUCUAAGGAAAACAGCGAGGGGGGGAUUGCUGCAAAGGGUCCACCAGGAGCACAAUUAACAGAAGAAGAAGAAAGGGAGAUUGGUGAUGUUGGAUGGAAGCCAUUCUGGGAUUACAUCUUUGUCUCAAAGGGAUUGCUUAUGCUUUGUUUAGGCAUUAUAACUCAGGCUGGUUUUGUUGCUCUUCAGGCUGCUGCAACUUAUUGGCUAGCUCUAGCCAUUGAAAUUCCUAAAAUCACUAGUGCCGUUUUGAUUGGAGUUUACACUGCAAUUUCAACACUUAGUGCUGUCUUUGUAUAUGCAAGGUCUUUCUUUGCAGCCCAACUUGGAUUAAAAGCCUCUAGUGCUUUCUUCUCUGCUUUCACCAAUGCUAUCUUCAAAGCUCCCAUGCUUUUCUUUGACUCAACCCCUGUUGGGCGGAUUUUGACUCGAGCUUCAUCAGACUUGAGUAUUUUGGAUUUCGACAUACCUUUCUCCAUUAUCUUUGUAGUGGCUGCCUGUGUUGAACUUCUGGCUACAGUAGGAAUUAUGGCUUCCGUCACAUGGCAAGUUCUCAUUGUAGCCAUUUUUGCUUUCAUAGCUACAAGAUACGUUCAGGGGUAUUAUCAAGCCUCUGCAAGGGAACUAAUAAGGAUCAAUGGAACUACAAAAGCACCAGUUAUGAAUUAUGCAUCGGAGACAUCACUUGGAGUGGUCACAAUAAGAGCUUUUAACAUGGUGGACAGGUUUUUCCAGAACUAUCUAAGGUUAAUUGACACAGAUGCAGGACUUUUCUUCUAUUCAAAUGCAGCCAUGGAGUGGUUAAUUUUAAGAAUAGAAGUACUUCAGAAUUUGACCCUCUUCACUGCAGCAUUUCUUCUUGUUUUACUUCCCAAGGGUUCUAUAGCUCCAGGGCUUGUGGGGCUUUCUCUUUCUUAUGCACUGUCAAUAACAGGCAGCCAAAUUUUUAUGACACGAUGGUAUUGCUACUUGUCAAACUACAUUGUCUCAGUUGAACGAAUCAAACAAUUCAUGCACAUACCACCGGAGCCUCCAGCAAUUGUGCAGGGCAACAGGCCACCAUCUUCAUGGCCUUCAAAGGGUAGGAUAGAGUUGCAGGCUUUGAAGAUAAAAUAUCGUCCAAAUGCUCCACUAGUUCUCAAGGGAAUCACUUGCACAUUCAAAGAAGGGACUAAAGUAGGAGUUGUGGGAAGAACAGGAAGCGGGAAAACUACACUAAUAAGUGCUUUGUUUCGUUUAGUAGAGCCUGCAAGUGGGAAAAUUAUUGUAGAUGGGCUAGACAUAUGUUCCAUUGGCUUGAAGGAUUUAAGGAUGAAACUCAGCAUCAUCCCUCAAGAGCCAACUCUUUUCAGGGGUAGUGUCCGGACAAACUUGGAUCCUCUAGGUCUUUUCCCUGACAAUGAAAUAUGGAAGGCCCUUGAGAAGUGUCAGCUUAAGGCAACAAUCAGCAGCCUACCUAAUCUGCUAGACUCUUCUGUGAGUGAUGAAGGUGAAAAUUGGAGUGCGGGGCAGCGGCAACUCUUUUGCCUUGGCAGAGUCCUUCUCAAAAGGAGUAAAAUUCUAGUGCUUGAUGAAGCUACUGCUUCCAUAGAUUCUGCAACAGAUGCCAUUCUACAAAGAAUUAUCAGGCAGGAAUUCUCAGAAUGCACUGUGAUAACAGUAGCCCAUAGAGUUCCCACUGUUAUUGAUAGUGACAUGGUCAUGGUCCUCUCUUAUGGGGAGCUAUUAGAAUAUGAGGAGCCUUCAAAGCUUAUGGAGACCAACUCCUCCUUCUCUAAGCUUGUAGCUGAAUACUGGUCAAGCUGCAGGAGUAACUCCUACCGGGAUUUCAGCAAACAUCAAUGAUUAAUUGAUACACACCUUUUCAAGGAUAAAUAAAGCAUGCACUUUGUCAUGAAAAUCAAUGAUACGAGUACCUGAAAAUGGCCCUAUUAGGUAACAAAUAUCAUCCUAAUAAAAUAGGAGUAUCUGUCUUAAAAGCAUUUGACUAUUUAAUUACCAUGCAGAAUCAGACUAUUUGCAUUUUCUAAUUGAUUUGGUUAGUAUCGUU